AUGCCUUAAAUCUAAUUGCACUAUUUCAAUAUAAAAUCAAUAUAUCUAAUUACGAGCUUUUAACACUACCUCGAGGGUAUCUUUGGGUUGUACAAUAAUGAAUAUUGGGAAAAUAGUGUAUUUACAUCCAUCGAAAUCUUGGAUUUAAAGAAAUCCCUAAGACUAUCUUCUGAUUUUCUGCUUUAAAUGAUGAUUAUAAUAUACGGAUAUUAGAAUGAAAUAGAGAAUCAACAGAGAGUAGACAAUAGUAUUGGAUGAAACUUAAAAUUAAACUAAUAGCUGCGCCCAUUUUUCGUAGAAUAUUAUUAAAGGACUCGAUGCGACAGAAUGAAAGAAUUUUUGAAUGUUGAAUUCAGAUAAAAUCAAUAUUCAUUCUAUUUUGUAAUUAUUUGAUCAUAA